GCCCACGUGUGUGGGCCUAGAAUACAGUAGGUCGUCCCAUAUAACAGCUUUCUUUGAAUUCACAACAAUCACAUACAAUUAGGUGAUUAGUUUUAUAUGGUGUGAAAAAUAAAUUUCAUCUAGCUAUAAAAAAAUGUGUUAUAAGGUGAAAAUGUUACAAGGUGAGUUGGUUCAAUUUGCAUUAGGAGAAAUUUGUUUAGGUUCCGAGGCCGGUUUACAAGAUUCAGGGCCAUUGGCAGAGAUAAGCUUGCCAAGGAAAACCAUUGUCAAUGAAAGCAUAUUCUCAUGACCAAGGAAAUGGCCGUGAAUUGAGUUCCAUGCUAAGAGAGAUCUCUCGAGAGACGUCUAGAAGCAGUGAAAGAGUUGAAAACUCUUCAGGAUUAUUAUAUAUAUUUUUUUAUAAUCAUGAUUAAGACAAAAGUGUCAAGUUUCGCCUCAUACUGGCCGCAGCCAUGACUUUUAUCAAAUAAUUGGGGGAACUUUGAUUUGAGGUCGAAAACAUAUAUGGGCACAACCUUUGAGAGGGCAGCGACGAGAACAAAAUACAUUAUCCAAUUCACUACAAAACGGAAAGGCGUCUAUUUUUUGGACAAAAAAGAACAUUUGUGAAAUAAAAAUUUCAGGAUGGUUCUUUAUCUUCGAACCUGCCUAUCUGGAAAAAUGCUAUCAUCGUACAAGUCGGAAAAGAAAGAUAUGUUUUUGUUUCAGGUUGCUUUAGCUGUAAACUUUUCUUCAUAAGCUUUUCAUGGGAGAUUCAGGCAUACUCGUUUUCGUUAUCAUAAUCAUCAGGUAUUAUCGGAAUAAAUAAAAUAUAUAAUCGAAAAGAAAAAAUAUCGUCUAAAAAGUUCCCAUAGCUCUUCAACUUAAGAUGACAUUUUAAUAUCAUUAAAUGUCAGAAUAUCUCCAAACCAUUGUUAUGCAAACAAAAGAUUGUUACAAUGAAUUUAAAUUUAUGAAAAAAAGCUAAUUGAUGAACGAGUUUUGUUGACUUUACAGCGUGGCGUUAAGUUUAGCCGGUAGUUUUAUGAGGUAUGAAUUCCUCUUAAAGUUUGACAAAUCCAUUUAGGUUCUAAACGAGUGUUAGAAAAAAAAAAGAAUAAUAACGGAAAAAAGACAAAUCUUUGAGCGCCCAAAACCUUAUUAAAACCGACUAAGUCAUAGAAAACAUGGCACAGUUUCCGAAAGCUAAGGGUUGGUUUGCUGUCAUUGUAAGACCGUUUUCAAAAAGAAAACAUUUACAAAAAGAUAACCAAAUUACCAGCAUAUAUCUCGGACUUUAUCGUGAUAUUCAAUAUUAACAUGCAUUUCAAGAUAAAGGUUUGAUUUUCGUUGCGUUUCUCUUGGGGAUUUCCUCGGCGAAGUUAACGUCUACCAUCUCACUUUACGAACGUUUCACACAAAGCAUACAAAAAGGAUUAAAAAGUCCAUAAAUACAAUAGGCUAACUGAGUAUGCACGUGUGCAACUGGGAGACAAAAUAACUCUUAUACAGAAAUCGAUCCUUAGCGAAAACUUCAAAUUGAAGGAAAAAAUAAACCAUUUUUCACCUACAAGAAUUAAGGAAAAGCCAAGUGACCAUUUUAUUCGAAUCUAACCUACUAAAAGAAGAACCUGCGUAGUGACUACAAGAAAAAAGCGAGCUAACAGCUAGAGAUUGGUGUGAUUUUGUUUAGGAAAUCAAGGGUUUUAGCUGUGGGUGGUAUAAAGUUCACCAAAUAUCGCCCUUAUGUUCUAGUUUUGUUGACACGAUAGAAGCAAUGCUCCAGUUACUCUAAACUGGUGGCCAAAUUCUCUUGGAACAGAACGUUACAAGAUCCUUUUUUAGCCAAUUCAUUGUAAAAUUGAUAGUCUGUGUUACUUGGGUAUACUCAAAACACAAAAGCCAGAUAUAUUUAUUCUAAUGUGUAACAACGCAAUGCAAAGGAGUUUGCAUGUUUCUGUGGAGGAAAACAGCACCAUGACAUUCACCCGAGAAACGGGAAGCACUCUGAAAACACGCAGCAACUUGCUAAUUACAAUAAUUGGUUGCCCAUGACACUUUGGCUUUAACCAUCCCCCUCCCCCCUCCCGCUAGAAAGUCUCAUUUUCUCACUAUUCUCCCAGUGAUCAUCCGCUCAACAGGCUUGACCUGGCGCGAUCAACUUUGGGAUUCAAACUCACACGUUUUUUCAAAGACUCGUGAGGUAAUUGUCCAUGGUUGCCUCACGAGCUCAAAGAAAGGAAAGAGGUUUCUUUCUUGUAUUUAGAAGUUUAAUUGUUUAUUUCAAUGAGCCUUUUUUUCGACACAUGCUGGUCCGAAUGGAUGAGCCACGAAUGUCUAGGGUCUGUACGCAUGCGCAUUGUAUCAUCCUAAGAUGCAACGCAGAUAAGAACAGAACUCUAAAAAAAUCUAGAAAAAAAUAAUCAUCAAAUUUGUUGCUUUCCGAUCUUUAUCAAAUGCUUAAGAGAAACCAAAGCGAGUGCAUUUUGUAAAAGCGUGAAUUAAAGUUGCUUAUGCAUUUGCCCCUCGAGUGAUCGCACGCCCUAGGGCAUAACUGGGUUCUCGAAAACACUCAAGUUUUAUUGUCGCGGAGCCGUAAAAGAUACUAGGACGACGAAACAUAGAAAUUGGGGGCCGUGCGAAUAGCUGUCAAACUUAGAAGCCCACAUGGCUAUAAACAAAAGAUGUCCAAAAGCUCCCACCAUACAAUUUAGAGACAUUACAGAAUCAGUUUGUUUCUGGAAAUAACCCAAAACACCAACAUUUCAGAUUAAAAGGGUAUUAAUCACCUUGAACAUAACCAUGGCUAUAUGUGGCUGCUUUCUGGUAUUUGAAUCAUUCAAAACGGGGCGGUCGUCUUUGAGGGCCCGUGCUAACAAUAAGGGCAAACCGUAAAAGGCUUUGUAAUAGGGUGGAAACUGUCUAUCACAAGAAUGAAUGACAUGUUAGCAAAUGAAAGCCCCAUCACUAGCUUUUGAGAUUCGACUCCAAGGUAACACAACUUCCCGUGAGACCAUUUGACUAUUUAAAACAGGAAUAAAGACUCGUCUUGAUUUUCAUUUAGCCAUUUUAACCAGGACAUAACGCUAAGUGUCACACUCCUCGGGACUCGGAGAUUUACGGAGGAUUCUAAGAAGCGCUGGUUUAAGAAAAGGGUCCUAGGGCGGAAGACGCACAUUUCCCGGCAACGACUUCAAUGCCGCGAUCCAACGGUCAACAAAUGUAUCCAGGGAAUUCUUACAUGUCACAUAGCAAACUCCAGUCUCCAUUGACCAUACAGUGGUUGAAUGAGAACUACGAAGUGGCCGAUGGAGUUAGUUUGCCUCGAAGCGCGCUUUACUCGCAUUAUUUGGACUUUUGCGAGAAAAACAGCCUUUCUCCCGUCAAUGCCGCUAGCUUUGGAAAGAUCAUAAGGCACACUUUUCCAAACCUGAAGACAAGAAGACUAGGAACAAGAGGGCAAUCCAAGUACCAUUACUAUGGGAUCACAAUCAAGACUACCUCUCCUUACCACGACACAGUUUGCAAUGCAGCAAGACAAAGCUCUUCCGGGUUCAGUCAAACCUACAGUAAGGUGGAAGUAGAUGACAGGACCACAAGCCAUUCAGUGACCAAAAGUGCCCAAGGCUCCAGCUCCAGUCUUAUAGUGGCCCCAGGAGGUACAUUAUUGCCAAGCUUCCCAAGUGUCAAUCAUCUCAAUCUACCAGCAGAGGUCUCGCGAGAUAAGGUGAAGACAUUCCUGAUCAUGUACAGGGCACAUUGUCAAAGAAUCUUGGACACAAUUUUGCGGGCAAAUUUCGGCGAAGUUCAAAACUUCCUGGUUCACUUUUGGCAAGGCAUGCCUUCCCACAUGCUGGAGGUUCUUGGCUGCAGUGACGUGGUGGAUCUCAUAGGGGUGUGUGACGGGAUCUUGUAUAAGGCGAUCAGUGGAGUCCUCAUCCCUGGAACUCUUCAACCAUUACCCGCAAGCUUGACCCAGGCUAUCCGCCACUUCGCCAAACAGCUUGGACGAUGGCUUGAGGAAUCCCUUGCACAUUUGCCAGCCCCUCUACAGCAAAGAAAGCUAUCUGUUGCAAAAAGCUUCGCUCAUUCGCUACGCCGACAGACCUCGCUGACGCACUUAGCACAGGCCGCACGCACCGUACUGCACAGCGCAGAGCCUGUGACUCAGAUGCUUCAAGACUGGAAACAGAUAGAUUUUGAGGGCAUCGCGCGCCAAGCCAUGUGGACAUUUAGCCAGAAUGUCGAGAAGGAUUAUGCCAAAAUCAAAGAAAUUCACACAGAGUUCACCCAGCUGCUAGACCAACAAGCUACCAUCGACCAGUACGCCGAGUGGGCCUCGUCUCUAGUUGACCGCUGUGUUACCAAGAGGGUCGAGAAGGAGGGAAGUUCUUACCAGAAGUGCGCGCAGGAUUUUCUUCUCAAGUGGUCAUUCUUUAGCAUCAGGAUCGUGAGAGAGCUCACACUUCACAGCGCCCAUAGCUUUGGAUCCUUCCAUCUGUUGCACAUGCUUCUUGAAGAUUACAUCCUCUUUAUUGUAGAGAACCAGAGUAGUCAAGACGACGUUGCAGAUGUGCCGUUCAAAUCCUCACUACCUGACGUCCCCUUAUUUGAUGCUGAUGAACCGAUGGAAAUAGAGAGGUCACGUGAUCACACCAGGUCAAAGCCCAGACGCAACUCCUCCAGUUCCUCAUCCGGGGUAUUGCUAAGCCCACGUGAUGUCAUCCAGCGUAGCUCGGUCCAUGUCCCUCCACUGCGCUCGCCAUAUCGUGAGGUAUCUCCCCACUCCUUGACGUCACCGACAAACAGCGCAAACAAGAUGACACCCUCGGAGCAAAGCCACUUCAUCUACCCUCCCACCCCUCCAGAGGUCAGCCCGAGGUAUCCAUACGCCUCGGCCCAGCCCGCCAUCAAUCAGACACCAAACAGCUACCCCACGCAUCAUUCAACAACAGAAAGCACAGUCAUUCAGAGCAGCUAUGACAUUCCUAGAGGGUACUCGGGUAUUGACCGAUUCCCUACCCCUGAGACCAGCACCUUCCUGCCACCACGCUCGAAAAGCACCAUGGGUACCGGAUACACCAAUGCGUCCAGCGGUCUUCCCUAUGACUACAGGAGCUUCUCGCCUAUGGUAGUCGACCAUAUGAAGCACUAUUCCCAGUAUGCUUUGCCGGAGAGAAAUUACCCAUCAAGCUAUAUGUUCGGCCCUAGCGUGGUCACCACCCCAAACAACAUGUACCCGCUACAAUCGGUCAGCGGUAAUAAUAAUGAGCGCUACUACCCGGACGUGCUAGAGGAAUUUGUCGAUAUGCAGGCCGCAAUGCACCAUGGACUACCCAGCAGCAGAUCUUGUCACAAGGGAACAAGGACUGUGUUAAGCAGCGAAGAAAGAAGAGAAGGAAGAUUUUAAUCGCGAAUGCAUAAAUAGCGCAAAGGAGACGUAUCCGGAGAAUAAAAGAGCGCAGAUGGAAGAAA